UUCGCUUGCCAACAACUGUUCAAAUUAUGAAUACUGGAACAGAUAGAGAAGAAAUAUUCUUGAAAGAUCGAAGUGGAGAAGAAGAAUGUGCUCAAACUGCCCUSGUCGACGAAGAAUCCCCGCUGAUAGCAGGACGAUCAGGAUAGCAUGGAACAUUUAAAGCAAGCGGCUUCAUUGAGAGUGUGCGUCGACUUCGUGCCAACACAGCUACUAUUUCAUUGAUCGCCAAACCUUCUCUUGAUCGACGAGCAUCUGCUUUGAUGGCUGGAUGGAAUGUCAGUAAUCUAAUCCAAGGGACAGGGAUACUCGGUGUACCGUAUGGUGUACUGAUGGGUGGCUGGACAGGGGUCGCAGCGAUACUUGUGGUGGCUGUGAUGUGUUGCUUUACUGGUAAAAUACUGAUUGAAUGUCUGUAUGAGACAUCAAAGCGCACUGGACAGCGAAAAAGAAUUAUGUACAUUGUACUUCUUGCUACUAUAUUUAGUGACUUAUUCAAGAACAUCACCCCCCUGAACAUAUCUCACUGGGCAGUCAUUUGUACRUAUGUUGCUCUACCUUUGGCCUUUGUCAGGAGGGUGUCAAUCAUUGCCUGGUUCAGUAUGGUGUCUGUGUUUGCGCUUGUGGGAGGGAUUUUGACGAUGAUUAUCUGCUGUGUCACGCAAUACAAGUUGAUGUCCAUUGAUAAGAUUCCACCAUUCAGUUUUAAARACUUUCCAGUUGGCUUUGGUAUUAUUGUGUUUAGUUACACAGCACAUGCUGUCUUCCCUGGUAUUGAAUCRAGCAUGAAGGAACCCCACAAAUAUCCAUUAAUGAUGAAUGGGUCUUUCACUUUUGCUGCUGUUAUCAAAGUCCUUCUUGGUCUACUUGCAGUGUUGGUUUUUGGUACCAAGACAAAUCAAGUUAUUACCGUCAACAUGAAGAAUAGCUUUGUUUUCAAUAUCUUAGCCAAUUUGUUUGUCAUUAGUAAUGUGUUUCUYRYYUUYCCYAUYAAUYUKUWYGUAAYYCUYGARACURUYGAYGCCAAAUUUCUWGGGUUUUUCCCUAACCUGGGUCCYGGAAGRAAAUUCCACUGGGUGUGGCUCAUCAUMWCCAGRACYCUKRUUMUGACYCUUGCUUUGUUCYUKGUUAUUUUGGUUCCUCAYUUUGCUYUGGUAAUGRGWUUUGUAGGGAGUUUUACAGGAACUUGUYUGUGYUUUUUGUUUCCAUGUUAUUUCCAUAUGAAGUUGAAGUGGAAUGAGUUGCAGUGGUAUGAUAUUGCUGUGAGAUGGUUUGUGAUUGUGUUUGGUUUUGUUAGUGGUGGUCUUGGGGUGUUCUUUUCUGGAAAACGCUUAUAUGAAGCUGCAAGUUCUUCUCUUUGAUUCGUGCAAAGCUAUUUUGCAGUAUUAUGUUAGGACUGUUAGGGACUGGGCACCAGCGGUGUUAUGGUAGCCUUAUUACUUGCAAAACAUCACUGAGCAUCUUGUACAUUUUUCUAAAAAAACAGCAAUUGAAAAGUCAUGUAUAGAAGGAUACACUAAUUAAUCUGAUAGAGAGUUUUAUAUAUUCAGGUAUACGGCGAUCGUCAAAUUGCUUUUUCCAUCUCUCUCGAGAUGGCUUAAAUAUAUGAUUUAUUGUUCUUAAAACGCGAUUUCGUGCAUUAUAACAGGUUUUUGACCGGUUCUGCGUGAACUGUCUUAUUGAAAAUCGAAGUUUGAAGAUUUUUUUUAGAUUUUAUAUUGAAGAAUGUAAAUGUCAUUUAUAAUAAGAAUGAAAUAAAAUAAUAUUGUUCUC